AUAAUUAGUAAUGGUUUGGAGUCAGAGUGCCGGUGGCUAGUGCAUCCAUAUCUGUACACCUGCGCGCGUAUAUACAUCCAUAUACAUACUUUAUUUAAGCCUAUCAUCAUCGUCAUCAUCAUCAAACAAGUGGUUAGCAAACUGAACAAAGAAUAAAUGAGCAUUCACAAGUCAAUAAACAUAUUCACAAUCAGUCAUAGAUGUGUAUGUGUGUGUGUGUAUGUGUACAAACACUUUUAUGAAAUCGAAUAGCUGAUAGUUUUCAUUUCUUUAAUACAAUCGUGUUGGUCUACUCAUCUUACAGUCUAGUUGAAAGAUCAUCUGUAAGAUAUUCUUAUUACAGUAUCGUAGGUCUACUUUAGAUGAUGGAUUGGAUUACAUUUACAUUUCUUGUUUAGAGUAAGAGAGAGAGAGAGAGAGAAAAAAAAGAAAGGAAGAGUAUUAACUUACUACAUUGAAAAUAAAAUAAAUUCACAAAGAAUACCAUAAAAAGAACUAUGCACAAAGUUGUGAACGUUAACAAUACCAUCCUUAAUCAUAAUCAUCAUCAUCAUCACAAUAAUAAUAACAGCAAUAAUGAAGAGAAUGCAUUCUUUUCAUCUGUUAAUACACCGAUUAUUUAUACUACAGAUACAAAUAUAGGUACUUCUAAUACUGUUGUUGCUGCUACAGUUACUACUAUUAUCAAUACUACUCAUAAUUCAGUGAGUAGUAAUUUACCAUUACAUGUGAAUACAUCUAGCAAUGAGUUAUAUUCUCAUGGGAAAUUUUCUAAUUUAUCAUCCUUAGAAUAUACACCGUGUUAUUCUAUUGCUACAGUGAAUUAUCCUAAUGAAUGUAAUGUCAAUAGUUAUGUUUCAUCUUCAACGAACUCACUUCAUCAGUUACAUUAUAAUUCAAAUUAUGAAUAUGAACAAUAUUAUACUAGUAAUGAUCAUGGUAAUUAUUAUGAUCAACAGAUAUCAAAGAAAAAUAAUAAUAUUAAUAGUUUUGGAGCUGUUACUGAUACCCUUACACACAUUAAUACUAUUACUACAACAUCAACAACAACUAGUACUACUGAUAACAAUACAAGUAGUUACUUUUUUAAUGAAGUACAAAUUAUCUGUAUUUGUGAGACACUACAACAACGCGGAGAUAUUGACCGAUUGGAGAUAUUUUUACAAACUUUACCAAAAUGGAAUACGCAUUUACAAUACCUAGAAUGUGUCCAAGUAGCUAAAGCACUCAUCUCCUUUCAUCAUGAACAAUAUACUCAGUUAUAUCAUAUACUUGAAAGUCGUAAUUUUUCGCCAACAUAUCAUGCACGACUACAGAGUUUAUGGUUACGUGCACAUUAUGCUGAAGAGGAGAAAUUGAAAGGUAGAGCAUUAGGUGCUGUAGCUAAAUACCGAAUUCGACGUAAGUUCCCCUUACCACAUACAAUUUGGGAUGGUGAAGAGACAAGUUAUUGUUUUAAAGAGAAAUCACGUAAUCUACUAAGAGAAUGGUAUCAUCAGAAUGCUUAUCCUUCACCUAGAGAUAAACGUCAGCUAGCUGAGAUAACUGGAUUAACAAUAACACAAGUAUCGAAUUGGUUUAAAAACCGUAGACAACGUGAUCGAGCUAUAGAUACAACAAUUGGAACAAUGACAACUAUGACAACAACAACUUCGCCUACCUCAACAAUAACACUGAUACCGUCACAUGUAUCUCACUCUGAAGUUUCACCGUCAUUAGGUUUGUCAACUAGACAGGUUAUUCAAGCAGAUAUAAAUGAAAAUGAGUCAUUUGUUGGAAUACAUGUGGAGAGGAAUAAAAGCAAUGAAACAAUAGAUAAAACAAGCAAUGAAACCUAUGGGGGAAUGGAUUCAGAAUCUGAGGGAGAUGCUUUAGCGUAUCGAUAUAGUAUGACUGCGAACGAAUAUCACCAACAUCAUUAUGAUAAUGCUCGACAGCUAUCUUUAUUGAAAUCUCAUAUCUCUACAACAUCCAAUCCAUUAAAUGAUGAAAUGAUUACAGAUCAUUCCAGAAUGAAUCAAUUAAUUAUAGAUGAAUUAAAUAUGAUGAAACAGACAAGUAAUAAAAAUCUAUCCAAUGUUCAGUUGAGUGCAGGUUAUUAUAACCAUCCACUUGCAAACAGUUUUCAAACACAGGGACGAUUAAGCAAUUAUAUGCGUUUCUAUGAUUUCACUUCAUUCUAUCAUAACAAUAAUGAUAAUAACAGCAGUGUGAAUGAAAUGACAGUUUCCGGUACAGAAGAUCAAAAUUCAAAUUAUCCGCUUAUUCAUUCAAUGUCUAAUAAUAGUGAUAAAUUGCGCUCUGAACAAGAAAUCAUUCAGUCAUCCAAUCCAUUCUUGUCAUAUGUUGUACAUGAUCAGGAGAAAAGUGUUUUAAAUCUAAUGUCACAAGAAUUAGUUAGCAACGUCCCAUACUCAUCAUAUACAACGAAUCCAGUGAGAUUAAUAGUCCCAUCAGAUUCAUCUUUACUGAAUUUAAACACUACUGGACCUAAUGAAAGUGCUAUUAGUUUAAACAAACAAACAAAUCCUUGGAUAAACUAUUCUUUGAACGAAGUAGAUGAAGUGGGAUCAUCAAAGUAUACUAUAAAUAACAAUCCUAUAAUCCCUUCAAUUUUAACUACUCAUUCUAUGUUAAAUAACACUUCAAACAUGACAAAAAUUCAUAACACAACAGUAUGGUCUACAAGUCAUGAUACCAAGAGUACAAUAGUUCCAUUCUUUUCUCAAAGUUAUCCUUCUGUAAAUGAUGAAAGUUCAUAUGAUGAUAGUUUGAGUGAUGAUGAUAACCCUGACGAUACUAUUACUCAUUCAAAUGACAAUCAACAACCAAAGAGUCAUCAUUAUCAACAAUCACAAAUUUUAAAUCCUUCACAAUUUAAUUUAUUUCAGAAUUACGUUCAAACACCAUCAUUAUCAUCAAAAUCCUCUUCAUUUCUAAUAUCACAUAAUAGCUUAGAUAAUUUUUCUGAAAGACUUGCUGAUUCAUCUAAUUUAAAUUCAAGUGUUCAAUAUAUCAUCGAAAAUGAAAUUGACAACAAUAUGAAAAUUCAGAAUCGAAAUCAAACAACUAAUCAUUCUCAUAUACAAAGAAUACAAUCACAAAAUCCAGUUAAUUUUAGCUUGAUCUCAUUAAAACAAAAUGCAAACCAAAAAGAAAUCAAUAAUAAUAGUAAUAAUACUUCACAACUUAACUUAAAUGACAGUUUUUCAACCUGUACAAAUGAUCAAACAUUUCGCCAAUGGUUAAAUGAUUCACUAACAAUAAAUCAAUCUAUUCACUGUUCAGAUAAUUGUCCUAUACCUGUUCUUCUAUGUCCAAGAAGUACAUAAUAACAAGUAUAGUAAUACUACUACUACUAAUAAUAAUAAUAAUACUGUUACUACCAAUAGUACAAUCAUCAUACAUAUAUAUUCUAAAAAGUAUAAACAUCCGAUAACGAAGUGUCGGUUGGUUUCUUGUGAUUCGUUUGAACAAUUUACACUUUCACUUGUCUAUUUUAAAAAUGAUAAUGUUAAAGUCUGAACGGUCUUUCUUGUAUUCUGUACAUUCAAUGUAAUGCUAAUUACCAUCAGAUUAUAAAGAAAAAAUCAUUUUGUC